AUUCCUCUCUACCAGCAACACAUAGAUCACACAACAGGACAAAUUCAAGUAGAGAAAAAAAGAAGAAGAUGAAGAUGAAUCCCAAAUGGGUUUUUCUUUUGAGUUUUGCAGCAAUGUUAGUAAUUGGGAAUGGUCAAUCAAAAGUGGAGCCACUGGUAAAGAAAGUGAAGGGGAAGAAGCUAUGUGACAAAGGGUGGGAAUGUAAAGGAUGGUCAGUUUAUUGCUGCAAUGAGACUAUUACUGAUUUCUUUGAGACCUACCAGUUUGAGAACCUCUUCUCAAAAAGGAAUGCACCAGUGGCACAUGCUGUUGGGUUCUGGGACUACAAAUCUUUCAUCUCUGCUGCAGCACUUUACCAGCCUCUAGGAUUUGGAACCUCUGGAGGAAAGCACGGUGGACAAAAGGAGCUUGCAGCUUUCCUUGGUCAUGUGGGUAGCAAGACCUCUUGUGGUUAUGGGGUAGCUACUGGAGGACCCUUUGCCUGGGGCUUAUGCUACAAUAAGGAAUUGAGUCCUGAUCAAUUCUACUGUGAUGACUAUUACAAGUUAACCUAUCCAUGCUCCCCUGGCGCAGCAUAUUAUGGUCGUGGUGCCAUACCAAUUUACUGGAACUACAACUAUGGAAAGACUGGGGAGGCCUUGAAGGUGGAUCUAUUGAACCAUCCAGAAUACAUAGAACAGAAUGCUACCCUGGCCUUCCAAGCUGCAAUCUGGAAGUGGAUGACCCCACCAGAGAAGCACCUUCCUUCAGCACAUGAUGUAUUUGUUGGAAACUGGAAACCCACCAAGAAUGACACACUGUCCAAGAGGGUUCCUGGGUUUGGUGCCACCAUCAAUGUGCUGUAUGGGGAUCAAUUGUGUGGUCAGGGAUCUGAUAAUGAGGGCAUGAACAACAUCAUCUCACACUAUCUCUACUACCUUGAUCUCAUGGGUGUUGGCAGAGAAGAGGCAGGGCCUAAUGAAGUGCUCUCUUGUGCUGAGCAAGAGGCUUUUAAGCCCUCUGGAUCACCAUUUUCUUCAACAACUUGAGAGUUUUACAUGAUUGAAUCCUGAAAAAUCUAAUAAAGGAGGGCAUGUAGAACAAUUCAACUACUUUGCCUUUCACAUGAGAAUGAAUUGAGCUUGGAUUGGACACUCAUUGUUACUGUGUAUAGUAUAGAUUAUUGUGCUGCUAUAUAUCUUGGCUUUUGCUGUUUUCUUUCCAUGAUCCUGUGUAAUUUGGAUAUAAUUUUGGUAUCAAUGUAUAAAUUGAAUAUUUGAUCAUUAAGAAGUCUCAAUAUUUUUGUUGA